UAGAUGAAAUGGAUAGCACUUCUGCCAAAUAUAAUGCACUUCAAUCAAAUGACGCACCAAAAGUGAAGUAAAAAAAGAGGAAGAGGUUUGAAGCUAAGGCGGAAAGGAAAAAGCGUUCUUGGGUAUGGGCACUACACCACAUAAAAAAGCCUUUGAUGAAAGAGAAUGAAAGUGGUGUAGAGGUACAAGUUGGUCAUACUCAAAUAUCUACAUGUAUGUAUUGCUCUACCGAAAUUGCUUCUGAUUCAACCAAAAAAGGGACUAGCACACUACAGAAACACUUAGAACAACAUUGUUUCAACUACCCUGGUUGUGUUAAGAACAUAGGAACAGGUCAAAAGCACUUUGUUAAUGGCAUAAAUGGGGAAGAAGUUAUUGUUACUCACUAGAGUCAAGAAAAUUGCACUAAAACAGUUGUAGAAAUGAUUGUUAUAGAUGAAAUGUCAUUUGGUGCAAUAGAGAAAGAGGGGUUUAGGAAAUUUUGCAAAGUUCCAAUUCCUAAGUGGAAAGUUCCAUGUAGAAAAAUUGUGGUGAAGAUGUUUUUAAGCAUGUAUAACAGAAUGAAAGAAGAUUUGAGAGCAGAACUUAGAAAUCAUUGUGUUAGCUUAACAACCGACACAUGGACCUCACUCCAAAAUAUAAACUACAUGGUAGUCACUGCACAUUUUAUUGAUAGUAGUUGGAUUAUGCAUAAGAGGAUUCUUAACUUCUGUGUCAUUGUAAAUCCUCAUUGCUUGACAAUAGGAAAGCUUUUGAAAAAAUGUGUUCAAGAUUGGUCAAUUAUGAAGCUUUUGAAUGUUUUUGUGGAUAACGCAUCUUCUAACAAAGUUGCAUUAGAUUACAUUAAGAGGAAAUUGAGUAAUGGUGACAAACAACUUGUUCUUGGUGAAAAGUAUCUUCAUGUUAGAUGUUUAGCUCAUAUUGUGAAUCUUAUUGUGAAAUAUGGUUUGAAGUGCAUGGAAAAAUCAGUGGUUUCAAUUAGAAAUGCAGUCAAAUAUGUAAGAAGCUCACCGGCUAGUAGGGGUGGGUUCGUAGAACCGAAAACCGAAAACCGAAUCAAAUCAAAUCAAACCGUGACCAAAUAAACCGAACCGAUGAAAAACCGAAACCGAACAUAAAAUACCGUACCGAACCGAACAUGUUUGAUUUCAAAAUCGAACCGAAACCGAAAAAACCGAAAAAACCGAAAUAUUUUUAAAUAUAAAAAAAAUCAUUUAUUUUAUAUGAAGUAUAUGGCCGGUCAUGUGGUCAAUGCUCAAGACCGAAAGCGUAAGAGGCUUUUUACGAGUCCAGUAGUCCUGUAGUACUCCAUAAUCUUUUAACCUAAAACGUAAGAGACUUAUUUUGCUGCACUAUAUUCAAGUUUACUGCACUUGGGACUGCAUUUUAUUUUGUUGCACUAUAUCCAAGUUUACUGCACUUGGGACUGCAUUAUAUUUUGCUGCACUAUAUCCAAGUUUACUGCACUUGGGACUGCAUUUUAUUUUGCUGCACUAUAUCCAAGUUUACUGCACUUAACUUUUAAAUGUCACGUACUGAUGUUUAAUGCACUUUAUUUAAAUUGUAAGACAAGGAUUGACUUUCAUCAUUUCAGUUUAAUGCAUUUGCUUUUUUUUGGGACUGCAUUUUAUUUUCAUUUCAGUUGGGACUGCAUUUUAUUUUGCUGCACUAUUUUCAAGUUUAUUGCACUUAGCUUUUAGGUGUCAUGUACUAAUGUUUAGUGCACUAUAUUUAAAUUGUAAGGCAGGGAUUGACAUUCUUCGGUACUUAGUGUUUUAUUUUCCUGCACUUUGGUUAUUUGCACCUCAUUUAUUUUUUCAGAAAUUAUGUGUCUUUUUGGUUUAAAACCGAAAAAACCGGAGUCAAACCGAACAAAACCGAACCGAUUCAACCGUGGUUGGACAAAAAAGUAUGAGCAAACCGAACCGAACCGAACCGAAGUUUUUAGUUUGAUUCUACAUUUGGUUUUAGGUCAAAACCGAACCGCAUAAACCGAACCCACCCCUACCGGCUAGAUAUGAAGCUUUUAAGGAAUGUGUUAAGAAAGAGGAUAGACAGCAAAAAAGUGUGUGUGCUUGACGUGCCAAUGAGGUGGAAUUCCACUUACAUAAUGCUCGAGACAGCACUAGGGCUCAAACAAGCAUUUGAUAGGUUAGCCGAAGAGGAGGAAUCCAAGUACAUUGGAUCUUUUGAUGAAGAUGAAGAUGAGGAUGACGACUCUGAAAACUUGGUGCUCGUUACGAUAAGGAAAGGUACAAAAAGAAUCGGUCCUCCGGUCGAAGCUGAUUGGAAUAAUAGUUGCGAGUUUGUGAAGGUUUUGAAAGUUUUCUAUGAUACUACUGUAGUUGUUAGUGCAACAAACAGGCCAACGGCACACAAGUCAUUUUUUGAGAUUGCAACUAUCAGAUCUGAGAUUGAAGAUAUGCACUCAAAUGACCCAAAUGAAAUGCAAGGUGCAAGCAAAACUGUAUCUGAUAUGGCAGUCCAAAUGAAAAGCAAAUACAUAAAGUAUUUUAAUGUACUGGAUGAUAUGAACCAACUCCUUCUUGUCGCUUUGGUUUUAGACCUUAGAUUUAAGCUCAAGUACUUCAGCAGAAUUCUCAAAAAAAUGUUGAAUGAAAAUAGUCGAACAGUCAAGAAAAAGACUGACGAGUUAAAUGAGUUGAUAGUCACAAUCACAGACACAUAUGCUUCAACAUCAGGUACUAGUUCAUUUUAUAGAGUGUUAUGUGUAUGACAAAAAAUAUUGACUUCAUUUAUAAGUUCAUUAGCUUUAUAUGUAAUUUAACUGUCCAUUAGAAAGUGCAUGCUCCAACACAAGGAGAGACACAAGAGAAUCUGAAAAUAGUGCAAGCAACUAUAGGUAUAAGUUGCCUGAAAUUUAUACUUAUAAAAUUCUAUUUUUUAUCUGUGUAAUGAGUUAUUAUUCUAAUGUAUAGGGAUUACGACACUGUUUUUAAACAAAUAUAAAAGGGCUAAAUAUAAUAUGUAGUUCAAGUGUAAGAUGUAGUUGAAUAAUUAAUACGUUAUUUUAAUAAAAUAUAUAAGUGUUAAAUAUAAUCUAUCAUUUACAUAAUUGUUUACUAAUCUAUUAUAUAUAGUCAGUUUAAUGAAAGGGCUAAAUAUAAUUUGUAGUUCAAGCGUAAGAUGUAGUUUAAUACUCCCUCCGUCCCUUAAAACUUUGCCAUCUUUCCUUUUUGGAACGUCCCAAAAAACUUUGUCACUUUCCCUUUUAAUCAAUUAUUUGUGGUUUCUGUUAUUUCUCUCUCCUCUGCACAAAUCUCAACCACACAGUUUUUACUUUAUUAUUCUCCGUGCCGGUCAACUUUGGCAAAGUGUUAAGGGAUGGAGGUAGUAGUUAAUACACUAUUUUAAUGAAAUAUAUAAGUGUUAAAUAUAAUCUGUCAUUUACAUAACUGUUUACUAAUCUGUUUUAUAAAUAUAAUCUGUUUAAUGAAAGGGCUAAAUGAAAUAAAGGAGUAGUUAAUACACUAUUGUAAUAAAGGAGUAGUAAAUACACUAUUGUAAUGAAAUAUGCAAAUGUAAGAUAUAAUCUGUCAUGUACAAAAUUGUUUACUAAUCUAUUUUAUAAAUGUAAUCAGUUUACUAAGUUCUUUACAUAUCAAUCUACUUAUAGGAAUAAAAAAAAUCUGGAAAAAGGGCGAUGAUGCUUGAUGAUUGGGAAAAGGACCUUGAAGAAGGGAAUUCAGUCAUUGUUUCUCAUGAAGUAGACAUGUAUCUUUUAGACCCUAUAGAGAAAUUUAGUGAUGAAUUUGAUAUCUUGACAUGGUGGAGGCUAAAUGGAGCAAAGUACCCAAAGUCCCAAACUUACAACUCAUGGCUAAAGAUAUUUUGGUCAUUCAAGUUAAUACAGUUGCUUCCGAGUCUACUUUAGCACAGAAAAGAGAGUAAUUGAUCCCCAUAGGAGUUCUCUCUCCUAGAUCAGUUGAGGCAUUGAUUUGCUUACAAAAUUGGUUGAAGUCGGACUCAAUAACAAACCUAGACUACUGUCCCACCCCCGAGGAAUUGGAGUGGUUUGAAAACACUGAAAAAGGUAAUCAAUAUUCAAUAAUAUCAUAUUUGUAAUAUUCUAUAUAGUUCCGUUUGAGUUUGAUAAGAACAUAUAUGCUUAUUUUACUCCCUAGUUGGUUAAAUGCAGAGUUUGAGCAAGAGGAAAGGGAAAACAAAGAUAAACAGAAAACCAAGGGAAGUUGAUUUCAAAUGAAUGAUAUCUAGUUAAGUAAGUUAACUAAUUGAUUUCUUAAUGAACUUGGUAGUAUUUUUAUGCAAUUCUGUGAGUACACAAUUUCUAUAUUUCUAAAAAAAAAUGACAAAUCUGUAAGUGUUGGUUGAUAGUUGAUCACACACAAAGAAGUAUAUUGUUGUGAUGUACUCAAUUCUCACCAUCAUAAUAUCAUUUUUUAUUAUUUCUUAUCAAUUUAGUAUGUUCGUUUCAGAUUUGAACGACUUGAAGUUGGGCAUCACGUCUUGUUACAGAGGCCAUUUACAAGACUACAACAAUUCUAGACUCCCUGUUGUUGCCUCAUUAAGAUUGCAUUAAGAUAUUUCAAUUCUAAAUCAUGUAUUCAAACACUAAUUUGUUUUGUUAAGUUUUCAGUUUUUAAUAUUUCAACAUUGAUGUUUCAGACUUUCGAAUGAGUAUAACUUUCGUAUGAUAUUAAGAAUUAUGUGUGUUUUGCAAGGC